AUGAACGUGCCGUACGCUCCCACGAGCGAUGCUCUCGACCGCCACGAUUAUGGGAUCUCCAAGCACCGCAAGCUGGCGUCGACUGGUGGAGGUAGAGCAUGGAGCGAGGACGAGGAGGUCUACCUUCUCCAAACUCGUCUCCAGAAAAUGCCAUAUAAGCAUAUCGCUGCUCAUCUGAAAAAGACUGAGCUGGCUUGCCGCCUGCACUAUCACCAGUUGAGCCACGGCAGCAACCGCCGCAAGCGUACUACGUCGGUUUCGUCCAACUCUUCUGCUGGCCACUCCCCCAUCCUGUCUGCCGCCAUCCCGUCUCCGAUUCAGGAAUGCUCCUCGCGUGAUUCGUCCCCGCCAGGAAGCGCCGGCAGCUAUGGACCCGGAUCUCCUGGCCCCGUCCAGCUCCCCAGCAUCAUGGGAAGCACGAGCACAAACACGUCGCCCAGCUUGCCUGCCAUCCUCCCCAAGCCCGCUGCCAUGAACUUCACGGCUGCCCACAUGUCUCCCGGGUAUCCCAGCGCUGGCAUGCCUGACACUAGCCGAGUGUUGGGCCCGUCUCUGUUCCCUCACGCCACCCCUGUCGCCCACGGUCUACCUCUACGCCUUGAUUGCUCUCUCCCACCUCCCUCGAUGCACGUGGACCUUUCCCGCCUGCAUUCUAUCUACGCCGCCCACCGGUCUUCAUUCUGGAGUGGCAUUGCCGCCGACUACGGUGGCGGUGUGAGCCCCAUCGUUCUGGAGCAGGCUUGGAAAGCCAGCGUCACCAGUGGUGUCCACACCCCCAUUACCCCUGCUACUAGCCCCAAUGAUCGCGAAGUCUACGAAAAGCCGGAUAAGACGCGCAUCAGCGCCAUCCUUGGCAUCGACGCCAACCCGAGAAGCCCCAGGGAACGCGAGAUGGUGCGAAGACUGGAGGAGGAGCGGAGCGUCGGUGUCAUCGCCAGCGCGUAA